AUGGACGCUUCAACUACUCCCAGCCGACUCCAGCGCACAGCAUGUGACCGCUGCCGCUCGCAGAAGCUGAAAUGCCUACGCGACGAGGACAAGCCCAGCUGCUCCAGUUGUCGACGAUGCCUUCGCAUCGGCCACCCAUGUACGACCGGUGCGGCACGCAAAGCCGGACGACCGUCCACGAAGCUGAAUGACAUCGCUGACCUAACGUCCAUAAUCGACCCCUCGCUGAGGACUCCUACGAGCACGGCACGGAAUACGCCCUCCUCGACCUCGGCACACCAUGAUAUCUUCAGCACUUCGCAGCCUUCACAAACCGCCGACAAUUCACGACUGCCCACACCAGGGGCAAAUGACUACGUCUCACUACUGGAGCGACGCUCGCAGCUGAUGCGCAAGCUUGGCGAACUUUCACAUGGUCUGCACCUGGAUGUGGAUGCCUUACGAGGCUGCCGCACUAUCGAUCAAUGCAAGACUUUACCGGGCCAGACGUUCGAUGAUGUGGACCCGGCUUUCUUCGUGAGUCGAUUGUUGAACAGUGGCAAGCUUUUGUUAGAGAUUGCAUUGCAGUUCCGCUUCACCCACGAACCUACGAGCCUGGUAACGCAGACAAACACGGCAAUCACGAACAGUAACGAGACGAUAACGCCAUCACCCGAGGCGAAAACCUCCGGCGUUGUCAGCGUGGAGGAGGCCCUUCCGAGACUAGACUGUGACAUUGCCGUGCUCCUCUCGAUCGGCACCUCGUUCGUCAUGCUUGUCCGCCUGUUCCGCGUCAUACUGUGGACACUACUCGACUCUCUUCCAAUCGUUCGUGCUCCCAACUACAGUCCCGCGAACCACAAUUUCAAGAACCUCUUCCACGGCCUCACGCUCGGCGAGUAUAGCCUUGAAGGGCGCAUGGACCUGCAGAUGCUGUUUCUGGUGCAGGCCAGCGAGGAUCUAAUCGAACGGCUCGAGCUCGCGCUAGGUAUCCCGGAGGCGACGAUCGAUCGAUUGUCACAAGGAGAGCCUGUCAAGGCCGCAGAGGUGGUCAACGAAGAAUACAGGGUCGUGCUGAUGAUGCUGCUGGCUCGGGAAGCGAAGGAGCAGCCGCCGAUGGAUAUGCCACGGGGUCACUGCGGAACGCUGAGGGAGAUUGUGAGGUCGUUGAGAGGGGAGUUAGCGCCGAAUCGAUGA